GCCAGACUGAUAAAGCCUCUUAGCUGCCUUAGGUUAGUUGGUGUUGGAAAUUCUUUUACUUUAAUCACCUUAUUUUCGUCAGGCUUUAUUCCCUCUGUUCCUAUGGGUUCAACUUUAACCCGGCCAUCCUUAUUUUGGAAAAAACGUUUGCUAGAUGGAACAAGUGAUCCUCAUAUGUUG